AUGUCUCCAAAAAGAAAAAAAGCGAUUACACCAUUAGCUUUUAAAACUUCAGCUUCUAAAAUGUUAGCACCUAAGCCUUUAGCUCCAAAACCUUUAGUGGCUAACCCUUUGUCUUUUGAAACUUUGUCCCCAGCCAUCCAUCCUUCUCCUUUAUCAAAUUUAACAACCAAUUUAUUGUUACAACAACGGCAAUUCUCCACUACACAACUUCAGGUGGAUUCUUUAAACGAAUUAACAUCUAAAUAUAAUGAACUACUUUCUUUAAAUAUCUCACGUGAUCAAGAAAAUUCUUCGCCUCUUGAUCCUAUAGCUAUUAAUCCAAGUUCUGCCACUAUUUCCACUGUUUCUCAUGAUCCAACAUCAGCUUUUGUUAUGUCUAGUGUAUCUAAUCGAUCAACUAACCGAUGGACCUCAACAGAAACCCGCAUGCUUAUUAAUAAAGUAGGAAGAUAUCAAAAAAAGUUAAAAAAUGUAAGAGAUCCAAAGGAAAAAGGCCGAAUUUGGAAUAUGAUUACUUCAAAUAUACAAACUUCUGAUGCUGCAAGUUCAGUCUUAAAAGAACGCACAAAGACAUCAAUUUAG